AUGUCCUCUCUAGACUGGCUACUUGAUCUAUGCGCCGUCGCCAAAGCGUCUGGUAGCGGUAUCAUCACUGUCACUGACGAUACUCCUCUCGAGAAUCAGCUUCCACCAAGCAAAGACCCAUGGUAUUCCGCACCUGUGGACUGGGAGUCCAGAAAACCUGGCGAUGUUCUUCGCAUUCGUUCCUCAUCGAACCUCACCAGAACUGUGGAAGGCUCCGGAGCUGUGUAUCAUCUCCUUUACCGCUCAACAGACUCACGGGAUCGUCCAUCAUGGGCUGUCACCACACUCUUCAUUCCAAUUUCACUUUACCAAUCUCCAUCCGGAAAAGCAGCCAUUCUGUCAUAUCAGUUCGCGUACAACACGUGCAACGUCAACUCCAGCCCGUCAUUCGCUUUAUCUGGAGCGAUGGCGAAGAGCGAACCGAACCUUGGAAUCAAAUCGAGUACUUCUUUGAUCACUGAGAUGCUCUCUUUUGGGUGGAUUGUCAACACCCCGGAUCACCUUGGGCCAAACGCCGCAUUCGGCGCAAGUGUCCAAGUGGGCCAUGCGACUCUCGACGCCUUGCGCGCUGUUCACGAUCUUUUCAGCUUGGGAGGCAGUUCAGGCUUCAACACUGCGAUAUGGGGAUACAGCGGUGGCUCGAUCGCGACGUUCUCCGCAGCUGAGCUCCAGCCAUCCUAUGCACUAGAGCUCAAUAUCUCAGCAGCGGUUAUCGGCGGUCUUGUGGAUGACAUAUCCGCCGCAAUGGACAAGAUCAACAAGAGUCCUAUCGCCGGCACUCUAAUUGCCUUCUUACUAGGAAUCACAGCGCAAUGUCCAGAAGAACGAGCUUACCUAGAAAGCCGUCUUAUCCCAGGAACGAAAGAGGAGUUCAUGGCAGCAAUCAACACCGAAGUCACACAAAAUGUGGGCAAAUACUCCGGACAAGACAUUUACACGUUCUUCAAAGAUGGAGGUGAAGAUCUUAGGGCUCCGAUUUUAAAAGAGCUCUACGAUAAGCAAGCAAAGCUGGGAUGCAGAGACACGCCUAAAAUGCCCAUGUUUCUGUACAAGGCUAUACAGGAUCAGUUCUGUCUCAUUGAGCUCACUGAUGCGACGGUUGAUAGACUCUGUGAGAAAGGAGCGGAGAUUACCUUUGAGCGGAAUACAGUGGGAAGCCAUGUGUCUGAGAUUGAGAAUGGGAAACCAAGGGCAUUUCGGUUUCUGAAGAGUAUCUUUGAUGAGUCGUACGAGUCUCCUGCAUCGAAGCAGAAUGUGAUGGAUGUCACGGUUGAUGUUUCUUCACAGAAUAAGUGA